AUGCGCGCCUCCUCCCCGUACAAGUUCCUGCGUUUCAUUGUUGGGCGUCAUGAUUUGCCCUUCUACUACCCUCACUCCGCUCGGCUGCAACUAUCCUUUUUGGAUGCCUUCCUGAAGGACAAUGAUUGCGACGGGCGGAAGUCUGGCCAACAGCCCCGCGUGCAUAUAUGCGUCCGUAAAGGCGACUGUGUUGUAGACGACCCGGAGCGCAAAUUGAAAUUUCCCAGUCGUGCAGAGGUGGACUGGCCCAUCCCGGAUGCUCAGUACACCAAGUUCUUCCUCACGCCCAAGCAGACCCUUUCACAGACUCCUGAUAUGUCUGUUGGUACCUGUACCUAUGAUGCACUGAAUGGGCCACAUCCUGUUACGCCUCACCGUUUCCUGCUCCCGAGCAAAGCAAGACUCACCUCCGCCGUCCGAUAUCGACCUAUUCGUCACCGAGCCAUAUUCGAGCCCUUCAAAAGAGGCAAUGCGCCCGCUUUCUUCGAACAUAUUGCGGAUGAUGAACUUUCUGUCCCAUUGCUGGACACUACCGUUCCAAGGCUGAGUUUCAUAAUUGGACAAAGCCUCUCAGCUCAAUCAACCUGGGCCAGCCCGUUGAAGCUGCAGAUUGAGAACAUCAUCAGCGACGGUCGCCAGGCGGCGGUCGAUACUAUGUGCAAGAAUGAGCUGCCGUUUACGAACGAGUAUACCUGGGUCUGCGAGUUCAACGAGGAGAACAAAAUCAUCAAGAUCCGUGCCUACAUGGAUACGUGA